AUGCCGAACAAAAAGUGCAUUUUCCCGCUCGUUCAGAAUUUUCCGUUGAUGCGCAAGAGUGUGUGCGUGAGAUCGGGAUUGCUGCUUUCACCAGCUUUGACAUUCCGUCGCACGUCAAAUAGCGAUGUAAACAAAUCGGGUGAAAACAGAGGAAAAAAAAACAUCGGAACGACGAUCUGUGCUGCAUUCGUUGUAUAUUGCGCGAUGGAAAACCUAAAAACUCACAACGAGCAGGAAGUGACGGGUGUGUCACGGAGUGGCCGCGUUUGUAAGAAGCCAACCAAAUUGAUGGACUUCCAAUCGCCGGAUGAUAUUGAAGCGAAGCAAAAGAAACUUCCUGCCACGCAUCGGCAUUCGGCAAAGCUGUCCUCUUCGCAGGAUGAUUUACUUUCCCCACAGGAAGAUAUGCACACGGAGUCGGAUGAGAAUGAGGAUUCCCAGUCGAACGGUUCGAGUGGUAGUGAAGUGUACAGCAGUGACGAAGGUGCCAUGGACCAUGAGGAAGGAUACACCGGGCAGGAUGAUGGUGAUAAGAGCGAGGGGGAAUUAGUGAUUGAUUCUGCGUCGAAAAGAAAGGCGGUGAAAAAAAGAACGGAUAAAAGUAAACGUUCUGGCCGUGGCGUUAAGUCCGCAAGCAGAACCACUGUGACGAAGCGAAGAAACACGAAAAAACGUACCAACUCCAACUCAUUCACACACAAGCAGCGGAAGGAUAAAUCAGCCCAAGGUCAUAAACCUAACGCCGCCAGUGGUUGCUUGCCAACCGACGUAGCAGCACAUCUUAGCCUACUGGGCGACAGUUUAACCAUUAUCGGUGAACGGUUAAAGGAACACGAAGGACAAAUCACCGUUUCCGGCAGUUUAUCCGUACUGUUAGACAGUUUAAUCUGUUCGCUUGGGCCACUGAUGUGCUUGACACUGCAAAUACCCGGGAUGGAACGCAAUUCGGACCAUUUGCGCGAACUGUUUCGUACCACGCUGGAUAACAUUGCCUACGUAAUGCCCGGUUUAUAGCUGGCCAACCAUUUCGAAAUGCUUUUCUAUUAACUUUAGUUAGUGUGCUACUUAUGAUGUGAUGUUUUAGACCGUUCCUUGGAGAUCCACAUAAAGGAUGAUCAAACAAAAUCUUGCCUGUAUGGUA